AUGUCUUUCGGACCCGGAACCUACUAUCUCGUUAAUGUCAAGACCGCCAGGCACGAAGACUUGAAUAGUCUCAGCCAAGAGUCGCCAGUGGCCGCACUCGAUCUUUCUGGAGGUGACCAACGAACCAUCUUAGCUUUCCCUCUCCAUCGCGGUGAUAACCAAAAGAAACGUCGGGUACGGCAAGUUUAUCACUUCCCUGACGAUGCCAAUGAUGGCAAGCAAGUCAUCGCUACCGAUGGCCCUCGCGAAUGGGAGGUUCGCGUCGGUCACGAAGGUGUAAACCAGAAGGAUGAACGCGAGUCUAUCCGCAUCUUCCACCCUGGUACUGACAAGAACAUUGAUCUCAAGGAUCAUGGCGACACCACUGCUGGAAACAUCAUCCAACUAUGGAGCCAGACUCCUGGCCAAGGCCAGGCAUGGUACGCCAUCCCGGCCUAA